AUGAAUAAGAGGACUCUAUCCAAUGACGAAAACGAAAACGAGAAAAAUAAAACAGGCGUGAAGAGAUACCUGAUGAGCAGUGAAGACCCGUAUGACAGCCAGAAAAUGUUUCACGAACAAAACUGCGCGUCUAAAAUGAAUGCCAAUUCGUUAAUAGAUAUGAAGGAGGAACAGGAUUACGUUCAUACCGAUAUGAACAGCAGCAUGAAUGGAAAUGAUAAGGACGCAGACAUGAGUUGUGCCAUGGAUCUAGGCGCCGCCCUGAUUGAUGCGAAUAUGAACAAUGAACGGGAUAAUACCAACUACGGGGGGGUUAGCACGAUGAGUGAUUUUGGCUACGGAGGUGUGGUAGGGGGAGGUUGCGUUGGGAACGGCUGCAUGCCGAACAACCUCAUCCCAAACAAUUGCAUUCCAAAUAAUUUAAUCCCAAACAACUGCAUACCAAACAAUUGCAUCCCAAACAAUUGCAUACCAAACAACUGCAUUCCAAACAACUGCAUUCCAAACAACUGCAUUGCUAACAACUGCAUUGGUAACAGUUGCCCCCUCAGCGACGGCGGGAUGAUCAACCAGCCUCCGAGCAUAUACUUCCGCAGCGACAGUAAGAAAAGAAAGGGCAGCAAGUAUAAUGGAAUGCCAUUCCUUAAGAAGGAAAAAAACUGCGUCAACACAUUCCUUGUUUUGAAGGACGUACCCAGAGAUGCAGAUGAGGAGGACAUCAAAUCCUUUAUGAGGCCAUUUAUUAAAAAUAGCAAUCCAGAAAUUAUCUUCGAUCGUGAUGGAAUUAUUGUAAAGCUCUACGAUGAUGAAUUGAACAAAAAUAUUUUCAACUACUUUGAUGAGCACCCUACACAGAUCAAGGGUUCCUUCGUGAGUGUCCAGCUGUCCAAACUUAGUGACGACAGUGGUGGUGCUACCGUUAAUGAGGACAACUUGGAUGAGUACGAAGUUGGGAGCAUGGCCGGGAAUGCUGGUCCGAUGGGUGGUCCCAUGGGCGGUCUCAUUAGCGGAAAUGGAAAUAAUCUAGGCAACCUUGGCAACAUGUCUAGCGCGAAGGAUGCCCUAGAAGGCGCAAAUAAAAGAGCGGGCAAGCACAACAAAAACGAGGUCUCAAGAGUUAUUCUUGUGUCCGUCCUGAACCUGCACUACCCAGUCGACAUAGAUUUAAUAUACUAUCUCUUUAGCAAAUGUGGAACGGUAGAAAAAAUCAUCACCUUUUCGAGGAACCCGCUAAUCUAUCAAGCCUUAGUUCAGUUUCAAAACAUUGAGACUGCACAAGAAGCCAUAAAAACGCUGCACAACAGGAACAUAUAUGAUGGGUGCAACACUAUACAGAUACAGUACUCCUUUUUGAAGGAGCUUGUUGUGAAGGCAAAUAACUCCAGCUCGCGGGAUUACACGACAGCCAACUUUGGCAAGAAUAAGAACCCCGUGAAUAUCCAGACUUCGCAUGGUGUGCUCCCUACCCCGACAAGGAAGGGAAACGACUCCGAGCUGUACCUCAUGCUGGAGAGGAAAUUCAAGCUAGUCGACUUCGACGCGAAGAACACCUCCAAAACGCCGGUUCUGAUUUGUUACAACAUCCCGAAGGACUACACGGAUGUGCAUAAGCUCUUCAACCUCUUCAGCGUAUACGGUUUCGUAUCUCGAAUAAAAAUCCUGAGGGAGAAACCCGACUGUGCGCUCAUCCAGUACGCAGGCUAUCUGUUCGCCUCAGUGGCCCAGGAGUGUUUGCAGCACGCCAAACUUGACGACCAGAUUUUGGAGCUCCACUUUUCCAAAAUUCUAGACAUCCGUAUUGCGCCGCAGCAGAAGCAAAUCGAGUCGUACAAGGCCAAAACGUUCAGCAGCUACGAUCAGCGAUAUUUGGUGGCAGACCAAGUGAAAUACAUAAAGGGCGCGUGUAAGCCAACCAAAACGCUGUUCAUAUCGAACGUAAGCGAAGAAGUAACUGAAGAAUACAUGAUGAACCUUUUUAUGAAAUACGGAGAGAUUAAAAAAAUAAAAAUCCAACCAGUUAAGGAGGGAAAGAAACACAUAACCAUCACAGUGGAACUCAGUUCAGAAGAUGCGGCAACGAGGGCGUUAAUGGACCUCCACAAUUUCUACCUGAAAGAUCGCUUCAUGAAGGUUUCUUACACCAAAACUAGAUUAUGA